ACAAACAAACAUGGAGGAACGAGAUCCUUCCUGCAAUCCAUUAGACCCGCUUUUAAAUAAUGUAUGCAAAAAUAACGAUUAGGUCCUUCUCUAAAUAUAUAAUGCGAUGAAAUUCGUCUAAUACAAACACACGAAUAUUGUACAAUUAGGUCUUAAUAUAUUAAAUCUUUAAGGAGUAUUUAAAAGUUUUAGUUAAGCCUAUUUAUUAUUCUCAAUGAAGUAAUAAUUAAUUAUAAUAUACAUUUUUAAGUCUAUUUAUUAGUCUAAUUUAGCCUUAUUCAUAUUUCCUAUAAUCUAUAUAUUUGUUAUUUGUAUUCUACUGUGACACGACUAAUUUUAUCACUUUUUUUGUCAAGUUCUUCAUUUAGAAUUUUUCAUGUUUUAGUUUUAGGCUUUGCAGUGCCUAUGCUAUAACUAUAAUGAUUGUUAUUUUUGCUUGACCUACCGAUAAAGAAUAAUAAUAAUUUAGGUAGUUUGGUAAGAUCCGGGAAGUGCCGAAAACCGGGUAUCGUGAUUUCGUUGUCAAAAUGGCGACCUCCACUUUUUAAUUUACCGAGAGUCACGUUGUUUAAGACUUUUUAACUAUACAUAGCCCAGCAUAUAAAUUCUAUUUCCGCUCACAACUUAGAGUAGACAUGUUGUGUUAUGAUUAGACACUUGAGUCCCCCAAAAAAUUUUGAGGCUUCACUUUGAAAAUUGAAGGUAAAAUAACGCAAUUUUUACUCACUCAUUCAUAUUUUUUGUGUGGAAAGGAUCCUUUCUUUGAAUUUCAGGUACUUUAUAAAUAAUGGCAUUAACUACAACAUAUCCAAGACAUGCUAAUUUACGCCCAUAAAUUCACCCAGAAAUUUUAAUCAUGUGUGUCCCAAAAUUACCUAUUAUCGUUAAUAUUCGUUGCUAUGGUAAAUAACCUGAUUUACUCUGGACUCUGGAAAUCCAGCCUAUUACCCCCUAAUAACUUAUUUAGAAAUAAAAAUAAAAUAAUUAAUAAAACAAAUAGGCCUACAUAUUUUUAAUAUGAUUUGAUGCUUUUAUUGAGGGAUAUUAGGUUAAAAAAGCCUAAUUAAUUACAAUUAAUAGUUAACAAUUAUAGUUUUAUAUACUGUUAUAUGUAUACUAUUAACUAUAUAUAUACCUAUAAUAUAUAUUAUUAUAUAUACAUAAAUAAUAUCUAUAUAUAUGUAUGUAUGUAUGUAUAUAUAUAGAGGCCUAGAAUAGUAUUACUAUUAUAAGUGUAGGCCUAUCACCCCCCCCCCCCCAAUUUUUAAUAUGAUUUGAUGCUUUUAUUGAGGGAUAUUAGGUUAAAAAAGCCUAAUUAAUUACAAUUAAUAGUUAACUAUUAGUUUUAUAUACUGUUAUAUGUAUACUAUUAACUAUAUAUAUACAUAUAAUAUAUAUACAUAUAUAAUAUCUAUAUAUAUGUGUAUAUGUAUAUAUAGAGGCCUAGAAUAGUAUUACUAUUAUAAGUGUAGGCCUAUCCCCCCCCCCCUCCCCCCCAAUAAUUAUUUGUAGGACCCAUUAUUCAUUAUUCAUAUGUAAUGAUAUAUAUGGUGAUUCUUAAGGCAUAAAUUAAGUAAAAGUGUACAAAAAAUAUUCACUUACCUUUGGUAUUGAAAUAUCCUAUAUUUAAUCACAUAUCACACUAUUCCAAAAGAGAAUUAUUAUAUAAUCCUCAGUAUUCUCAACGAAAAAAACACACUUUCUGCCACAAUAAUACAAGAAUUACAUGAGAUAUUACUAAAAUUUAAUAAUAAAACAUUGUAAUUACCUCAAGCAAAUAACUAGAACUUAUUUAAAAUUCUAUCAACAGCCAAAGUUGAUUCUAACAAUAAAUGUUGAUCUGUGAAACAACUUUACUAACUUAAAAUAAAUGACAUAUUAUUUUUUGUCAAAUUCACACAUUCAUAUGGUAUGGGACUAAAAUACAUUAUAUAGAAAAUGGUAAAAUAAAAAGUGUAAUAGUAUAGUCAAUUUUAAUUUAUUGAAACAAAUAAUCCCUUUAUUAUUAGUAUAUACUUAUAAAUUUUAAACAAUUCCACAGAAAAUUUUAAAUUAAUAUCUUAAGAAUAUUUUAUUAUUAUUAUGAAUUUUGGGAAAUUGAAAAAAAAUAUUUAUACAUAAUUAAUUACGAAUAAGUGACGAGUCAGCAUAUUUUAUAUAUUUUAAUAGGAAAAUAAUAAAGAUUUUUAAAAUAAUUUUGCGAAAUAUUAACAAAAACUAACUUAUAUAUUUUGUGGUUUUAUUUAGAAGUACUCUAAUUAAAAUAUGUUCCCUGUAAAUAUUAUAUUUUUUUCUAAUUUUAUAAUAAAGUUAUGGGCCUUAAAAAAAAAUCAAAAUGAGGGUCACGAAAUGUGGAGGAAAAUCCCAUAGUAAAAAAGUGCCUUUGAGGUUCCUACUAAAAAAUUCUUAACUUUUGAACCACUUGAGCUAGAAAGUUGAUCUUGGUGUUUUUGUAAUCUAUUCUCCAGACUCUAUACAGCUGUAGUAUUUUUAUAUUUUUACAAAUAUUUUGAAAUUUUAAUCAAAGUGUCUAAAUAAUUAUAAAAUAUUCAAUUCUGGGAGUGGGAGGCGGAUGUAUCAGUUCAGUAUCUCUACCUAGUCCUAGUUUAGUUAGGUCUAUCUAUAGAUGCUAUGGGAGGGCGAGGACGAAAAGGAGUUUUAGUUUCACUGUUGCAUUUGAAUUUGACGUUAGCUCAUUUGAUGAUUUGUCAUGGUUUGUAGUUUCAGUGUUGUUUGAAGCCGAGGCCUACUCAGUCACGAGUAGAGUAGGUCGGGCUACUGCUUAUCCACCAUGACUGACGGAUUAAAAUCCCUUAGUCAGUAAAACUGUAAAUGAGAUAGAUUUUUCCAAAAAUACUGAUCACCUUCCCAUUUUUCCCCUCCUAACAAAUAAAAUGAUCCAAGAGUAUUAAGUCUGGAAACCUAUACUAGUCUUCUUGUUUGUUGAGAACUUUUAUUUAUUAUAUAGCCUAACUAUAUGUAAGUCUAAGGUCUAUAAAAUAAAAGUCAAAAGGCCCAGGGCUUAGUUUUAACCCUACUUAUAUUCUCAGUUAUAAUUACUAGCCAUAGUCAGCCAGUGUCUUAGGCCUAGCUAUUAAGCAUUAACACAAUGAUGAGACAGUUACCUACUAGUAAACUGCACUGUCAUAUUAGUAAAUUAUUGAUUUGAUACUUUGAUUAGAUGAGGGAGACUAAUACUUAUUUUUUGCUGGAAAUUGUGGUCAAUAGUCAGUUUAGACUUUAGAGAUUCUAGGUUUUUUUUAGGUUGAUUUUGAGGGUCAUAGCUUUAUAGUUUAACUCACAUAAGGAACUUUCUCUAAGUGGAUCAUUACUUUACAGGCAUCUGAUGACUUAAAGAAUAAAAAGGAAGCAGGCCCCCCACCUGCAGCAAGUUAUGUGGCUCCUGAUGAUUGUAACUCAUUUGAUAUAGUCAGGGCUACUCAGUAUGGAGUCAUACACAGGGUCCAUGAACUUAUUGAAGCUGGCUAUGAUGUCAAUCAGAUGGACCAUGAAAAUGUUAGUCUUCUACACUGGGCUGCUAUUAACAAUCGCACAGAGAUUGUCAAGUAAGUAGUAAAACAAUCUAUUUAUUUUUAUAAAAAUUUAUCCAUGGAUAAUAUUUAUUUUAAAAGUUUAAAUUUUGUGUAUUGUUCCUUUAAAAAAGGUAACAUUAUUUUAAUAGAAAUAUGACAUAUCUUUUCCUCAUUUGUUAUGUUGCAGGGAAAUGUUAUAAUGUAAAAAUUAUUGAUUUAUUUGGUUCCAGUUAUUUUAUGUCCAAAGGUGCCAUUGUAGACAGAUUUGGUGGACACCUAGAUGCAACACCACUCCAUUGGGCUACAAGGUUAGUUAAUUAGCUCCAUCUCACUAAAACAACUACUUCUUGAGCUUAGAAAUUUAGAUCAUAUCAUUAUGUAAGUAAUAAUUUAUGCUAUCAUUACAAAUUUAAAACAUCACUAAGUAACCAUAAAGUUUACCUCACAUUUUAAAUAACCAAUAAAAUCAUUCAAAGUAUCAAAUCCAUCAGUUGUUUUAAAGGUUUUUUAAAAAUAUAAUUAACUAAAGAUUUUUCUAUGCUUUACAUAUCAAUGAUUCUUAAGUGUUUGCAUGUAAAUUUAAACAGUAUUUUUAUUUAUUUAUAAAUAUCUAAAAAAAAUCUUAUUAAUUAAAAUAUAUACGUUGUUAUAAUUUAACUAUAAAUAAUAUCCAUACAAAAUUUCCAUAUUUCAAGUUAUUUGAUGAAUGAAAAUAUUGGAUUAAGGCUGUAGCAGGCAUGCUACUCUCAAGUUAUCAAAAACAUUUGCAUUAACUUGUUCAAAGUGGGAUCAAAGCUUCAAAUCGGCCCUGUGGUGAAAUCAUAAUGUUUUCUGCUUCUUGAACAAGAGAUGGGAAUGAAUUUAUUCAGGAAUGUCACAAGCUGUGGGUAAACAGCCAGGUUGAAUAGACUUGUAACCCCAGUUAGAAAGCCAUAUUUAGGGAAGAGGCAAAACAUCAGCUGAAAAACUUCAACUAUUGAGCUCAGAAGGUAUUAGCCAACUUCACAUGAAAUUUAAACAUUUGGUUGUCUAUAUGCAAAAAUGGCUGUAUUCAUACCAGUGGCCAAAAUAAAUCUGGAAAGUAAACAUUAAUAAAAAAAAUUUUUUUUUUUCGAAUACUGCCUACUACUGGUAUCAUUGAAAUUUCAGUUUUCAAAUUUCGAAUGAAGCUCUCUUUCUCCAUGACAUUGACCCUUGCUGAUCAUUAAAAGCAGGUUUUUAAUUUUUUUUUUCAGACAGGGUCACCUUGGUAUGGUUGUGCAACUUAUGUCAUGUGGAGCUGACCCAUCACUGCGGGAUGGUGAAGGUGAGAAUUAAAUAUAUGUACUUUGAACUCAUACCUAUCAUUAAAUUUGCUGAUGAUUUUGCCAUUGUUGGCUUAAUAUCUGAAUGGGAAAGCUUAUACCGCAACUAAGUUACAAGCUUUAUCAGUGUGAUGAAAAUGUCUCAUAAACAAAAUAAAUGUUCGUCAAUUUGUGGAGUGGGAAUCACCCAAUAGCUGAACUCACUAUGAAAAAUCACAGUAUAGAGCAAGUAGAGACAUAUUAGUACCUAGAUGUCACCAUUAAUAAUAAGCUGACAUGGCAUGAACACUGCCAAAUUCUGUAUUUAAAAAAGUCUAUUUUUAUCUUUAAAAAAAUUGUACCAUUUCAACGUUAACAAACAAGAUGUUAACUUAUUCUGCAGUGCAAUUGGAAGCCUAUUGAACUUUAGUAUUACCUGCCGGUGUGGAAUUUCAUAGUCUGACAUCAAACACAGAUUGAAAAGACCAAUUAAGAAAGCUAUUAAUAUCACACACGCUAAACAUCCUUCACUUACAGAACUAUUUGAAGUAAAAUGCUGUUUCAAAACCUAAAAUCUACAUCCCACCCUCUUCAUCUAUAGAGCUUUUAAAAAAACAGAUAAGGCUAACUUCAUUCUUGCAUUUUAAAUUAGAUUUUACAUACUAUUAUUCCCAGGCUGCAGUUGCAUUCAUCUAGCAUCACAAUUUGGUCAUACAGCCAUUGUAGCCUAUUUGAUAGCCAAAGGGCAAGACGUCGACAUGCUGGAUAAAACAGGGAUGACACCUCUCAUGUGGUCUGCUCACAGGGUAUUUGGGUAUGUAAGCAUCGGUGAAAAAAACGUGUUGGAUAACCCUACGUCAUGGUUGUCAUACACUUAAAUGCCAUUUUUAAGUACUUUGAAGUUUGUUGAAUCGAUCUCAGUCCCAAGAUUUUAUGGCCCACACACUGAAUUUCUCCAAUCUUUCAAAAAAAUAUCUUUUAUUAACUCUACAACAGCUUGUAGGAAGAUAAAAGAAUUGUUUGUCGAGCUAGACCAUAUGUAAAUUGGACGGGAGAACAAUUAGUGGUGGCCAAAAAUAAAAUAUGGUACAACUUAUAGCAUGUUCAGUGAACUCACAUUUUAGUCUGUUUACAAUUAUUAUCACUUGCCAAAGCCUAAAGGGGACACUGAUUUCAAACUAAACAAAUUCACACUGUUUUAUCAUAAAUUUGUACCUUUGUAAUAUUUGAAUAAAUAAAAAAAUAUUUGAAAGUAUCUUUUUUUUUUAAUUGCCAUGUUUUUACUGUCGGUUCAUUUAGUUUUGGAAUGCGUACAAAUUUUUUUCUUAUUUUUUCAUCAGCCUAAAGUGACAUGAGGAAGUCCCAACAGUUUUUUUUUUUUGUUUGUAAUUAAAUUUUAGUUUGUCUUCUUUAUUUCUCUUGUCUCUUAAUGGGAUACAAACAAGUGUCACUUUAUUUUAAUGACAAAUGUUAAUCUUAUUUCACUAUUAGUGUGACUGACAGACCUACAGGAAGAAUUAUAUUUGUUUAUUUGAUAUACCAUUCCAAUAUGAUAAUCCAAUCUCAAAUGUUCUUUAUUUCUAUAACCCGCCCCCCCCGUUCGAUUUUUUUUAAUGUGCUCUUCCGAUGAGCCAUAAUUAUAAUCUUGUGCCUACAGCUAUGAUCCAACAAGAUUACUGCUAACUUUUGGAGCCACACUGAACAAAGUAGACAAACUGCAUGGAAACACAGCUUUACACUGGGCCUGUGCUAGUGGAAACCACGUGGUCAUAAGACUGCUACUGAACAAGGGGGCAGAUAUACAUGCCUUCAACUUCAAGGUAUUCAUUUUCGUUAACUCUUCAGACUCUGCUUAUGUAUUUUGUUUCUGUUGCACAGCAAAUUUGCAUCCUAGCGUGUUUUUUGUGUGAAUACAGAAUAGUACAGAAUAGUAUGUGUGAUUCAUCUUAUAUGGACUUGAAUGUUCAUCAGUUUUGUGGUUCAUCUGAUAUGGACUAAAAUUUUCAUCAAUUUUGUCAUUAACAAAGCUUCAUCCUUCUGCAUUAGGGGCAUUGUGGAUUUUAACAAGGGCAAAAUUAAAAUGCUGAAAAUAUUACACAAUGCCAAAUAAAUUUAGUGGAAAUUGAAUUUUGAAUAUCUUUUUUCCCCAUUGAUUUCUUUGACUAGAACGAAACUCCAUUAGAUAUAGCCAUUGGGCAGAGCAAUGCUGAUUUGGUGAAGAAAUUAAGACAAAUGCAAGCCACCGCUGAGGCAUCAAAGAAGACUUUGCUAGGGAAAUAUGCUGCCAAUAAGGUUUGGAACUCUCUUUUUCUAUAUUAUAAAUUAAAUUACACAAUAAAUUAUUAUAAAAUUAGAUAGAAUCUACUUUGCUUAUAUUCCAGUAGUUUCUUCUAACUUUUUUUGGCAAGUUAAGGCAAUGUUAUAUUAUGACCUAUUGAGACUGAUAUUUUUGUUGAAUGCAUCCACCUAAAGUCAUCCAAUAAAAAGUAAUCCAUAUAAUGUCACCACACAGGAGGGCAUUUGAGGAAAAGUCUUUCCUUUUUAUAUAAAACCCAACUCAUGUAGUUUUUUUUUGCUAGAUUUGAAAUUGAUUCCUGGGAACUUUUAACGUAGUUAAUUUUCAGUAAUUAAGAAAAAUUUAAAUGCCACAUUCCAGGAAACCUAUUUUCUGUGCUGACCAAUCGUCAGCUUUCUCUAUUCUGAUAUCCUUGUUAGUGUUACUAUGGUUACUCUUCAGGAUGAUCAUGAGCUGAGCUGAUAUUUUAGUGGAUAUCAACUAGGGUUAUCUACUCAUUUUUCACAACUGUAAUAACAUGAAGUCCAAGUCUUCACAUAUCAAUUAUUUAUUUAUAUAUAACAUUACCCAGAAAUAUUCACAUUUGGAAUGAUAAUUGAAUACAGUUCAUAAUACAUACAUUUCUCUUUAGGAAAUAACAUGUGAAGUCACUCAUACAUUCUAUUAUUUUCUACUCAUUAGACAAGAUCUUCAUUACUGUUUUUCCAUCCAUUACAAUUCGGCUACCUACGUAGUUCCACACUCUCUAUAAUUAUAUAUAAAUGUUUCACUACACUGACAUGAAAUAGUGCCUUUCACUCAGCAGUCAAUGAACAUAAAAUACCAUUAUGUUACACCAACAAAAUCUAGCAUUAAAUGAUACAUUGCUUUUCUCCCGCAGUUUUUGACAUAAAUAUGUAAAAAAAAAAUUAAAAAUCUUCGGAACCUAAAAAUUUCAAAUCAGUAAUAUAAUUUUAUUAAGAUAUGGCCUGAGUUAUGCAGCUCUGAUAGGCUGUAAAGAAUUCUAAAAUAUGCAGCCUUGAUUUGAAUGUAUCCCAGGCAUAGAUUUUUAUGCAGAUUCUCUGGUCAAAAAUUCUAAGUCAUAAGAAAUUUUCUGGUUUCUGCCAUCACAAUGUGGUUGAUAUGGUUGAUAUAUCAUUUUUAAAAUAAAAAAAAGCUCUUGAUUGCUGUCUAAAAGGCCUGCCUUGCCAGAAAGGUUUGCUUUAUUCUAUCUUGAGUUUGAUUCUUAAUGAAAAAUGCUAAUUCAUAACGACGACGGGCUCUGUCCUUAUUUUUUUAUUUACAAAUGGUACAACUUGUACAUUUAUGUGAUAUUGAUUAGCUGGCUGCCUGUUUAUUUUAUAAAAAUCAAGACCACUGGAAAAAAUUGCGCAAAGAUUUGGGCAAACAGUCUGAUUGCCUGCUUCCAUUACAUAUAGUGACAGAACUGGAUGUCUGUCAUAAUUACAUUAUAGUCUGCUGAUGUAGGUGUCCAUUCAAACAAUGUAUUUUUUUCUAUUACUUCUGUCAAACAGCUGAGAUAGAUCAUUGCCACAUUAACUUCUGUUACAGAUAUUCCGAAGGCGUGUGGCUUAUGUGUACCCAUUUCUUGCCAUCUUCAUCAUUGGAUUCAUCCCAGAACUGUCAGCUCAUUGGGCUUUGAAAGUCUUAAUUUUUUUCCCAUUUUUCAUAAUAGGAAACAUGAUCUUUAAGUAAGUGGAAAAAAGUAACCUAAAUGAAUCACACCAUUUCAUUGAUGGUCUAAAAAAAUAUAUUUUAGAAUAAAUAAGUGUAAAGAUUAAGCCACAAUACAGCAUUAACAUUAUACAUUAUAAAAACUGCUGUUUAACUCUUUCGAUGCGGAACAACCAACACUGCGUUCUUCCACCAUUCUCAAAAGCACGGAACAACGGGCUGUGCGUUGUUUCAAUAUCAUGUUUGUUUCUUUGCUACUUCUCGGUUAAACUUUUUAAGAGCUAUUUUUAAAUAAGACUUUUACAAAGAAGAGUGUUACUUCAUUGUUUACAAGCAAAACCAAGGUUUAUUUGUUGUUAUUUGAAGCAUUAUUUUGACGAUUUUCUUAGCGUUUUUUUUUUCCUACUGUUGCUAAGGCUACCCUAGGCUCUAAUAUGUAUAUUUCCUAGAUGAUUAACAGUUAAAAAAGCUUAGGAAUUUUUUUAUACUAUUUAUUUUGAUAUUGAAGAUGAUUUAUAUUUAGAUGCAUCACGUGAUUCCGAUAGUAGUAGUUUUAGAGGAAUUGAGUUAUAGAAGUGAAGAUGAGGUAUGCUCAUUUUACUUAUUUUAUUUAAAGUGAAGAAAUAAGUGUACAAACAUAUAGUCCUUUCAAUUACCUUUCAUUUGAUACUACGUUUAGUCUUAUAAACCAAAGAAUAAUAUUUUAAAUAUUUUUUAAUAAACCCAACCUCUCACACUUUUUCCGCUCUUUGAAAAAAAUGUACAUUUUUUCGAUAAAAAAAUUCCGCAGCGAAAGAGCUUAAGGUGUGUGGAACUAAUUGAUGGUGUGUGUGUGUUUUCUUUUGGGGGUGGGUGGGGGUUGGGAGCCAACCUCCAGAAAAUGCUUUUCUGAAGUUAUUCUUUAAAAUAUUCAUUAAAUAAUGUGAAUUGGACAGAGGAAAUAAUAUUGACAGAGUUGAGGAAAUAAUAUUGACAGAGUUGAGGAAAUAAUAUUGACAGAGUUGAGGAAAUAAUAUUGACAGAGUUGAAAUAAUAUUGACAGAGUUGAGGAAAUAAUAUUGACAGAGUUGAGGAAAUAAUAUUGACAGAGUUGAGGAAAUAAAUAUAUUGACAGAGUUGAGGAAAUAAAAUUGACAGAGUUGAAAUAAUAUUGACAGAGUUGAGGAAAUAAUAUUGACAGAGUUGAGGAAAUAAUAUUGACAGAGUUGAGGAAAUAAAUAUAUUGACAGAGUUGAGGAAAUAAUAUUGAAAGAGUUGAAGAAAUAAUAUUGACAGAGUUGAGGAAAUAUAUUGACAGAGUUGGGAGUAUCAGAUUAAUAAAAAUGUCGGUUUAGAAAAUACAUUAUUAUAGAAGGAAGGAAAUACAUAAAAUGUUAGAAGGAAAAGAUUGCCAAAAUUUUUAGUUAACGUGCUGUGUUGUUUAGCACCAUCUUGCACAACUGAUAAAAUGACAAGAUACUUACUUUUCCCCCAGAGCAUUUUUUGAUGAAAACACCAGCCACAUGAUUCCCAUCGCUAUCUACUUAGCCACCAAAUUUUGGAUGUACUUCACCUGGUUCUUCUAUUUGUUGCCAUGUAUCCUUGCCGAUAAUUACAUAAGAAGUUAUUCAAAUAUAUUCCUGUAGGAAGGGACACAAAAACAUCAAAUAAUAUUUAGUUUUUUUUUUCAUGGUGUUUGGGCUGUUUUGUUUUGGAGGAGUGCUGACAGCCUCUUUUUUUUUUAAAGCCCAUUGCAAGGUUGAAUUUUUAGGGAUUUCCUUCUGGCCAACAACAAAUGCACUACUGGCUUGGCUCUGUGACCAUAACUCUACAAGUUUUGUUCACUUGAAUAAUUUUAAAUCAUCUCAUGCGUGCUGUUUAUUCAUUACUGAAAGUAGCAGUUUUUCAUUACUGAAAGUAGCAGUUAUUCAUUACUGAAAGGAGCAGUUAUUCAUUACUGAAAGUAGCAGUUAUUCAUUACUGAAAGUAGCAGUUAUUCAUUACUGAAAGUAGCAGUUAUUCAUUACUGAAAGGAGCAGUUAUUCAUUACUGAAAUUAGCAGUUAUUCAUUACUGAAAUUAGCAGUUAUUCAUUACUGAAAUUAGCAGUUAUUCAUUACUGAAAUUAGCAGUUAUUCAUUACUGACAGUAGCAGUUAGCACUGUCAAAAUAUUAGUGUAGUUAAAUAGUUUGCACAGUUUGUUAGAUAUAUUUAGAGGUUCCUGUUCAUAUUUGACUGAACAGAUGUAAAAGUGGUGCACUAUUGACAACACUUCAUAUUCCCAAACAUGUUAUCGUUUAUCUCGUCUUCUCUAAAUAACCACACAGCAUAUCUGACCAUGCCACUCAACCUUAACCUUAACCUGAAUGCUCCAGAUCUUCAUGAAAGCCCAUCUUUCCAUGUGAUAUUUGCACUUGUCACCAUUCUACUUACAUACAACUUUUACAAGGCCUGGCGAACUGACCCUGGUUAUCUCAAGAGCAACAGGGAGGACAAGAUCAGAGUGAGUUCUGAUCUUUGAUGCAUUUCAAUGAAUAUAUAAAUAUUUAAAAAUCAAUUUUAAGUGGCUUAAAAACUUUCUUUGGUAUCAUUCAUAAAUUCAGUAAAGCUAUUAAAACCUAUUUUUGAUUAAUUUAUGAGCCAAGUACUUUUUCCAAAAAUUUGUUAUCAAAUUGUUCUCCUUUCUGUUAAUGUGACACUUUUGUGUGUUGUGUGUUCUCCUUUUUUUUUAAAAAUGUGAUACUUAUGUGUGUUUUCUAUGUUUUUAAUGUGAUACUUAUGUGUGUUGUGUGUUUUCUUUGUUUUUAAUGUGAUAUCUAUGUGUGUUGUGCCAAUACAUCAGUCAGUUUUUACUUAACUUAUGCGUGUUACUCGCCAGGGUCAUAGGCUGUCUGAAAGAAUUUUCCAUUCAUCUCGGUCCUGUGCUUUCCUUUCCAUUCGCUUCCAGUUGUAUCCCAUACUUAGUGUGUCUCCAUCAAGCUUGCAUCUCUGUGUAAUUCUUUGGCAUUCCUCUCUUCCCUUCUCCCUGUGGAUUCCAUGUUAUUGAUUGCCUGGUGAUGUUAUCUGGGGAUUUACAAGAGUAUGCUGUGAUCUUUUCAUUAUGAUGUCUUCAGCAAUAGUCUCUUGGUGUGCCAUUUCCACCUUUGUUGUUGAUGAUUUCUGGCCAUUUUAUGUUCAGCAAGAGUCUCUUGGUGUGCCAUUUCCACCUUUGUUGUUGAUGAUUUCUGGCCAUUUUAUGUUCAGCAAGAGUCUCUUGGUGUGCCAUUUCCACCUUUGUUGUUGAUGAUUUCUGGCCAUUUUAUGUUCAGCAAGAGUCUCUUGGUGUGCCAUUUCCACCUUUGUUGUUGAUGAUUUCUGGCCAUUUUAUGUUCAGCAAGAGUCUCUUGGUGUGCCAUUUCCACCUUUGUUGUUGAUGAUUUCUGGCCAUUUUAUGUUCAGCAAGAGUCUCUUGGUGUGCCAUUUCCACCUUUGUUGUUGAUGAUUUCUGGCCAUUUUAUGUUCAGGAUCUUUAUAAGGUAAGUUUUUGUGAAAUGUCUUUUUAUUAUUAUUUGAUUGUUUGUCCUUCGCACACAAAGGUGACCAAGGCUUGAGUAGCGGCCUUGACCUGAGCUGAAUGUUGUUUACAGUGAGGGAGAGUUGCUCAAUUCAUCCGCCUCACUCUCUUGUCCUUGUCUAUUUGAUCCAAGACUUAGUCAAGACAACUGGAAAUAGGCCGGGAUGCAGUAGAUGACCAUCAUUUUUUUGUUGUUGUGUUUUCCUGUUCGUUUUAUGUGUUCCAUGUCACAGGAGUUGUUGGAAUUUUCAUUUUGUCAAUGCCAUACUGCCUUCUCUUAGAUGAGUUGCCAUUCAAGGUUAGCGAGUCCCAUCCACCUGGGGUGAUGUUGUUUUUGCUUGCCUAGGCUUUUGCUGGGGAUUGAACUCCAGUCCACAAGCUUGAGGCUGGCUCAGUUUAGACGGCUCGGGCACCAAGGUCUGUACUUUCUGCACGAUGCUCGCUCCCUUUCUAAGCGAGCAUAAAAUUAACAGCUGUGUUCCCACUUCUUUGGCUUUUGUGGUUUGUUUACAGGGAGCUUAACUCCUCCCCUGGACUAGUUGCUUGACUGGACUGAACGGUCCAUUCCACCCAUGACAGUUUCUCAUUGGCCAUAAGGCCUGUAACCCUUCACUCUGGUGUUGGUGAUACAGUGGUGAUGGUUAACUAAGUCUAUGGUAACUGAAUAACUGUCACUGCCACAUCAAGACAUCAAAUGUAAUUAAAAUGGAUCGUCGUGUAACUUGUUGUAAUUAACACUGGCACUUUAUUAUAAUAAGAUUACAUUCACAUGAUAAAUAAUAACUGCAUCUAUGGCACAGGAUAUUUAUGUGUGUAUAUUUAUGUUCUUUGCUGGUCCAACAAUUUGGAACGCCCUUCCUGUCGAUCUUAGAAACAACCAGACACUGGAGUCCUUUAAAACAGAUCUAAAGACACAUCUAUUUCGCAAAUACCUUCUGGGCUGAUUGUCUACCUUAUUUUCCAUGUGUUGCUGUGUUGCUCCGGGUUGAAAUGGCUAGAAAGACUUUGAUAUUGUAUGCUUGUAAUUAGUUUUUGUAGUGUUGUGUUUGUUUUAAAUGUGGUGAAUUAUAGAUAUGUUUUUUGUUGACUUUGUACCGCGCUUCGAGCCUUUGGGGAUGAAGCGUGUUUUUUAAAUGAACUUUAUUAUUAUUAUUAUUAUUAUAUGUAAUAUUAUAAUUAUAUUCAACUCUGUAUUAAAAAAAUAUCUUUUAUUCUAACAUCCUCACAGUUAUCACACAUUUUACAUGGCAUAACAUUAUUAACAUGACCUCCUUUUCAACAUGGCUACACUCGUCCUUUAUAUCCAUAUCUUCUUAUUGUCUCCCUUGAUUCUACCUAACCUCAAAUUAGCACACACAAAGUUAUACUGUUACAAGGCCAAAAAUUGUGAGAGGGGGGGGGGAGUGGUUGGAGUGUGAGGCUAACUUGAUUUAAUCUGGUCAAUCUUUCAGACAAUUUUAGAGUUGGCGGAGAGCCAGACACUGAGGCUAGACCAGUUUUGCAGUACCUGCCUGAUUAGGAAACCCUUGAGAUCCAAGCACUGCUCAGUGUGUAACAAGUGUGUGGCUAAAUUUGACCAUCACUGUCCCUGGGUGGACAACUGUGUGGGUAAGUUUAGUGUCAAAGAGCCCUGGGGGUAGAGAUGUUUCCCAUUUCAUUUUUGAAAUACCAUCAACUUUGAUAUGUUGUGCAAUUGGAUACUUGGACGGUAGUUUAUUUACAUAUCUGUUAAAGGGAUGUAUCAUUGUUUUCAUGCCAGACUUAUUUUUGUGUGCUGUUUUGUAGAUUUCUUUUCGUUAAAAAAAUCUUACUUUUUUUUAACACACUAGCAAAUCUGCACACAAGCAUAACUGUUUAUUUAAUCAAAACUAAUAAAAGAAAAUUUAAUUUUAAAAUUAUGAAUGUUAAAAUUAUUUUACAAAAAUUUAAAAAUUAACAGAUUUUAGUUUUAGUGUUAGUUUUUAAAAAUGUAAAUUUACGCUAUAGAACGAAGGUUAUAAAUUUACCCUUAUGGAUUAAGGUUAUAAAUUUACCCUUAUGGAUGAAGUUUAUAAAUUUAACCUUAUGAAUGAAGUUUAUAAAAUUACAGCGGGCUCUUAGAUGUAAACAAAUUAACCCAGGAACUGUUGCAUGCAUCAUUCUGUGGUGUGGAGCUUCUCAGAGCGUUUGAGUGCCAUUUGAAAUUGCAUUAAAUGACAUAGAAAUAUUGAUACAGGACCCCUAUAAGCAUAUAUUUUUAGAAAGUUAAGUGGAUGGGGAUAAAGUUGGCCAUAUUGCCACGCCGUAAAAAAUUUUUGCGGCCGCCACAGUACAGAUUAAGAUUGUCGCUGAUUUUUUUGGUCGACCACAGUUCAUGGGUUAAAUUCCCAUUAAUGUGUAGUAAAAAAUAUUUUUUUAAAUGUCAAAACUCAUGUUUUUUGAGGCACUAUGGAUGGUUUAAAUUUAAAUGCAUAAUAACUAUUAAAUAGAGUCAUAUUCACCAUCUUACAUUUUUUAACACUAUCAAUGCUGGAGGUGAGCAUGUCGGGUGAAUGUCAUCUUCAUUUUAACUUUUUUUUUUUUUUUGACUUUGUAGACGGCAGCUUCCAUAUAAGGACACAAUUCCUUUAGUGCCAUAAGGUUAUUAUCUAUUAAGUGAGGUCUCAACAAAUUAUAUAUGAUAUGAAUUUACUCUCAACAGGUGCCAACAAUCACCGCUAUUUCAUAGGCUAUCUCUUCUUCCUGUUGAUCAUGCUGUUGUUUGCUGUGUAUGGAUGUCUGCAGUGUAAGUUAAAGCACAAGUAGCAGGAACCAUUUCCUUAUAUAUAGCAUUUGUAAUUUAAAAAAAAAAAUUAAUUGCGAAUUGGCAUUUCAAGUGAAUUAAUUCAAUCCAUUUUCAAUCAAAUAAUGAGCCCAAAACAAAUUUCCACACAUUGGUCACAGCCAUCACAUGGCUUUGGCAAUCACCGGGGGGGGGGGGGUUGUUUAAAAAUUUAUUACUUAUUAUGGUUCCUUGCAAUUACAACCUAAUAAAGCAUGUUAUAGGGUAUUGUAAUUUUAGGUGUAUGGAAACAUUAUAACUUCAUGAAUAUUGGUCACAGCCAUAACAUGGCUUUGGCAAUCACCGGGGGGGGGGUGUUGUUUAAAAAUUUAUUACUUAUUAUGGUUCCUUGCAAUUACAACCUAAUAAAGCAUGUUAUAGGGUAUUGUACUUUUAGGUGUAUGGAAACAUUAUAACUUCAUGAAUGAUGAUGAAGAGGACAUUAGCUUGAGACAUCGAGAAUUAUUUAUUAAUUAAAAUUUAAGUAAACUGCUCAUAAAUAGGUCCAGCAUAGAAGGCAGUACAGUGGGUGAAGGCUGGGCACAGGGGUGGAAAGGGUGCUACUGUAAGUGAGGAAAGGAUGAAUGUUUGGGCUGGAGAGAUGGCAGAGUUGGGAUGGAGGUCAUGGGAGAUAUUGAAGAUUGCCAGUGGGCUCCUUGCUAGUAGAUGUGCAACUUGUGUGAGUAGGUAGUGGUGGCUGGCUUUGAGGGGGUUUGCCGAGUACCUGUACACUGCCAACACCAUCCACAUGAUUCACUGUGUCCCCAGUUUGGCAGGUGGAAUGUCCGAUAGAUUUCUAUGAGGAUGGCAUUACUGGAUUGGCUUACAAAACACUGAAAGCGUCACCCUGGGUGGCAUGGAUAGCUUUGAACGUGGCCAUUCACCUGGUAUGGGUGUCAACAUUAUUUACAUGCCAAAUGUAUCAGGUAAUGGACAAGUUCUUGACUAGAAUGCAGUAAGCUUAUUUAAUGAGAAUUUUAUAACUAUUUUAAAAGCUUAUUUCAUGACAAGUUAUAAAUAUUUAUUUUAAAAGCUUAUUUCAUGACAAGUUAUAAAUAUUUAUUUUAAAAGCUUAUUUCAUGACAAGUUAUAAAUAUUUAUUUUAAAAGCUUAUUUCAUGACAAGUUAUAAAUAUUUAUUUUAAAAGCUUAUUUCAUGAGACUAAGUAUCUAUGGAAAAAGCCUAUAUCCUGAGAAUGUUAUUAGUAUCUAUUUUUAAAAAAUUAUUGAAUGAGCAUCUAAUUAAAUCUUUUUUAAAAAUCCUAUAUCUUGAUUAUGUAUUUUAAUAAGCUUAUUUCAUGAAUUAUUUUAUGUGUCUAAUUUUAUACGUUUAUUUCAUGAGUCAGUAUCUUUAUGAGAACCAUACCUAUUCUACUAAAGCAUAUUUUAAGAGUCAUAAUUUUUGUCCUAAAUAAAAUUUUUUUCCCCCAAAUUCAUCUGUUUUGUUUGUUUAAGCUGACCAUUUUUUUUUUUCCCUUUCAGAUUGUGUGGCUGGCCAUGACAACCAACGAGAGGAUGAACCAGAUGAGGUACUGGGGGAUGCAACACAUGACCGGUGAUGUGACCGAUGAAUGUGAGGAAAAGGAUGAUCACGGCCACAGCCAUGGACAGCACCCGAAAACAAAGAUUGUUAGUCCAUUCCAGUGAGUGACAAAUUUGAUUUCAAACAAAUAGAUUUUUAACUGUAUCACAAUCUCUAUUCUGAUCUUUUAUGCUAUGCAAUGUUAGAUUGAUUUAUUAUUUUUUAAUAUUCUUCCUUAAAGAAGACAGUGAUUAGGACCCUUCUUUAUAGUAACUAUGCAUUUUAAGCUCAAUCAGCCCAAAGGGCCUCAAAAACAUGAAUUGUGACAUAUUUUAAAAUAUUUUUCUGCCCUCCCCAGUCGUGGUGUGUGUAAAAAUUUGGUGGACCUUAUGAACUGGCGGUGUUGUGGCUUGUUACGUCCCUUGCAAGUGGACUGGAUGUCCAAGUUUACCCUAGACCCUGACACUGGGCCAAACUACCAGGCGUCGAACUUUCAUGCUGGACGUGAGAACUACCAGUUUGUUUAGAGAGUACUCACUCGUUAGUACUUUCUUAUGAGUGACCAGUUGUAAGUUUUUUUAAGAGUGAUCAUGUAAAAAAUAAAAAGUCAUUUUAGAAAAUCAUUACAAUUUAUACAUUAAUGAUGUAAAUGCAAAUUCAAGAUUUGACUAAUUAGAUACAGCAUUGAAAAACCGUGUGUGGCUGAUUUAAAUUUAGGUCACAAUUUCCCACAUGUACAAAUUCAGUUUCCGUUUUCUUAAUUAUUUACAUCUUUUAUAAGUUAUAUACCAUUUUGUAAUAAAUUUUCUUUAAGAUAAAUCUAAAACAAUUUUUUUUUAAAUAUUAAAUUAUUUACAAGAGAAAAGCAUUAAAAAAUUAAAAAAUGUGCCAAAUUACUUGUAAGCUUUGAAUUUCAAAAAUAGUUCAUUGAAAAGUUUUCCAAAUUUAGACAAAUUCAAAAAUGAGUAAACAUCUCCAUCUUAUUUAAAGUAUGUUUGCUUGUGAUAACUUAUCACUAGUGCCAUGAAAAAACUUGCUAACUACACCUUAAAUACGAUAAGUAUGACAAAAAAUACAUUUUUGUUUACAUUCUGAUUGUCCCGUGUGUUUUUUAAAAACGAACUCCCUUUCGUUAAAUUAAAAUCUCAAAAUGAAACGCUAAUAAGAUAGAAUUUAAAUAUGUAACUAGUUUUAUCAUGAAACAAAGCCUUAUGCUCACAGUGGCUUAUGGCCAUGAUUGAAGGAAUGUUUGGCACUACCAGUGGCUUGUGGUAGUUAACCAGUUGGGUUAAAUUGUAAGCAUUUAUAAUUGACAUCUAAAAGUUUAAAAUGGAUUAAUGUAAGGUAAAAAUAAGGAAUUAUGUUUGUAAGGUAAAAUUUAAACAUUCAUGUAUGUAAGGUAUUUAAGACUGCCAUCUAGUUGUAAACAUUUUAAAGCAUUCAAAGAGAUGGACUUGUGUGGAGUUGUGUGUAAUAUAUUUGUUACAUUAUAUUGAAGACCUUAGACUCUCUUGUGUAAUCCUCCUCUGUGAAUAUUGAAUGAUUGUUUUGUUAGCUUUACAGGUUGUAUAACAGACAUUGGUUGUUAUCCUUCUCCAAACAAUAAAUGUCUUUUAAAUUUAUAUAUAAAAUAUUUAUUGAACAAUUCUCACACUCUUUUUUUAAUACCAUAUCAAUGAAAGGAGCAGCUAUGGUGUCAGCUGUUUAGACAUGAUAGUCUGGUUAAUUUAGUCAUAUAGGACUUUGGGCUGGCUAAAUAGGACAUUGGACAGAUAGACUGGCUAAACAAGACUUUGGACAGAUAGACUGGCUAAUUUAGUCUAAGAGGACUUUGGACUAGCUAAAUAAGACAUUGGACGGAUAGACUGGCUAAUUAAGUCCAACUAGCGCACUGGACUGAUAGACUGGUUCAUUAAGUCUAACUUGGACAUUCGACAGACAGACUGGCUAAAAUGGACAUUUGACAGAUAGACUGGCUAAUAACAUUUAAUAAGACAUGGUUUUCAGGUCAUCCUGUAACAUACUUACAUGAACAUUUGUUCCAUUACAAGAAGUGGCAAGGAAACUCUUGUGAAUAAUUUGUUUAAUUGUAUGCAUGACCAGCUUGAGUAGUUUUGUCAGGUCUGCUGGUGAUAAUCCCAAUGAUUUGAUUGGUUGUUAAGACAAGUUUUAUUUCCUCAUCUCCUGUUUUCGCAGGUUAGAAAAAGUGUGAUUUAUGUCAACGAUUUUUAUAUGUCAUUAAAUUAACAAUAUUACAAUGAACUUGUCCUGUGUUAUUCAUAUCAAUAAACACUAAUUGCUUUCAGGAG